ACUUGCAGACUCAUUCCACAACAAAACUUUCUGCUUCAAGCUUUCAAGUUUCAACCAUAAUUCUUCAGAUGAUCUGAGCAAAUUCCACUUCUUCUUAUAUAUCUCCUUUUUGUACCCUUCUUGUCUGCACAGAAAUUGAUGCAAAUAAACUUGCAAACUCAUUCCACAACAAACUUUCUGCUUCAAGCUUUCAAGUAUCAACCACAAUUCUUCAGAUGAUCUGAGCAAAUUCCACUUCUUCUUCACCAUCAUCUUCUUCUUAUAUAUCUCCUUUUUGUACCCUUCUUGUCUGUACAGAAAUUGAUGCAACCAUGAAAACCAAGAAAAGCAUCUCCCCUCCGAUGCUUCUUUUGCUCUUCUUAUACCUUUCUUUAAAGCCCCAUCUAUCCAUUGGAGCUGACACCAUUUCUGCUAACCAAACUCUUUCAGGUGAUCAGACCCUCGUCUCCAAAGAUGGAAACUUUGAACUGGGAUUCUUCAAACCAGGUAAUUCUUCCAACUUGUACAUUGGAAUAUGGUACAAGAAAGUUAGUGUGCAAACUGUAGUUUGGGUAGCAAACAGAGAAAUCCCAGUCAAAGACAAGUAUUCUUCAGAGCUCACAAUUCAAGAUGGAAAUUUGGUACUUUUGAAUGAAUCCAAGAUGCCAGUUUGGUUCACAAAUGUUACUUCCACUUCUUCAAGAUCAAGUCCUGUUAUUGCUGUUCUUCUGGACAAUGGUAACUUUAUUUUGACUCAAGGGUCAUCAUCAAGUUCAUUAAAUUUAUCAGAUCCUAGUUCUAUACCAUCCCUUUGGGAAAGUUUUGAUAAUCCUACUCAUACAUGGUUGCCUGGGGGAAAGCUUUCGUAUAAUAAAAUUACAAGAAAGUUGCAGAUUCUUACUUCUUGGAAGAAUUCUGAAGAUCCUGCACCAGGGCUUUUCUCUCUUGAGCUUGAUCGAAGUAAUAAUCAAUAUCUAAUUAAGUGGAAUAGGAGUCAAGAGUAUUGGACUAGUGGACCUUGGAAUGGGAAUAUUUUUAGCUUAGUGCCUGAAAUGAGGUUGAAUUAUAUAUACAAUUUUACUUAUAUUAAUAAUACUAAUGAGACUUACUUCACUUAUAGUCUCUACAAUCCAGCAAUUAUAUCAAGAUUCAUAAUGGAUGUGUCAGGGCAGAUUAAGCAACUUUCUUGGUUGGAUAAUACUAAGGAAUGGAAUAUGUUUUGGGCUCAACCUAGACAACAAUGUGAAGUAUAUGCUUAUUGUGGGGCAUUUGGUACUUGUAAUGAGAAUUCAUUGCCUUUUUGCAAUUGUUUGGAUGGUUUCAAGCCUAAGUCUGAGGAGGAUUGGGAUUUGAAUGAUUAUUCUGGUGGCUGCGAGAGGAAAAUGGAGUUGCAAUGUCCAAGUAAUAGCAGUGGUAAAGUAAAGAAAGAUAAGUUUUGGGAGUACCCUCAGAUGCAAUUACCUACAAAUCCUGUGUCUGUGACAGUUGAUAGUGCUGGAGAAUGUGAGUCUACCUGUCUGAAUAAUUGUUCUUGUACCGCUUACUCUUUCGAUAGCAAUGGAAGUUGUUCUAAUUGGAAUGGGGGUAUCUUGGGUCUCGAACAACUUUCAGCUAAUGAUGGUAGUGGAAGAACAAUUAAUGUUAGACUUGCUGCUUCUGAGUUUUCAAGUGGGAAGAAUACCACAGGGAUUGUGAUAGGUGCUGUUGUGGGGUCUGUUGUUCUUGUGCUGGUCCUCUUGGGUCUGGUUCUGUUUGUAAUCUGGAGAAGUCGAAGUAAAAUGGUUGGAAGUGGAAAAGCUGUUGAGGGUUCACUACUGGCAUUUAGCUACAGAGACUUGCAGAAUGCAACUAAAAAUUUCUCUGAGAAGUUGGGUGGAGGUGGUUUUGGUUCUGUUUUUAAGGGGACAUUGCCUGAUUCAACUGUUGUAGCUGUGAAGAAGCUUGAAAGCAUAGGCCAAGGAGAAAAGCAGUUUCGCACAGAAGUUAGCACAAUUGGGACAAUCCAACAUGUUAAUCUUGUAAGGCUUCGAGGAUUUUGCUCUGAAGGUGAUAAGAGAUUACUGGUGUAUGAAUACUUGGAAAAUAGGUCUUUGGAUUCUCAUCUUUUCCGUGACAAUGAGUCCAUGGUUUUGGACUUCAAAACAAGGUACCAGAUUGCUCUAGGAACAGCUAGAGGGUUGGCUUAUCUCCAUGAAAAGUGUAGGGAAGUCAUCAUUCACUGCGACAUCAAGCCAGAGAACAUUCUUCUAGAUGCUGAACUCUGUCCAAAAGUAGCAGAUUUUGGUCUGGCAAAACUCAUGGGGCGUGAUUUUAGUCGGGUCCUAACAACUAUGAGAGGGACAAGAGGUUAUCUUGCACCAGAGUGGAUAUCAGGAGUAGCCAUAACAGCAAAAGCAGAUGUUUAUAGCUACGGGAUGAUGCUUUUUGAAUUCAUAUCAGGAACAAGGAACUCAGAGAAUUCAUUGGAUGGAGUGGUGAAGUUCUUUCCCACUUGGGCUGCUAGGGUCAUAAUUGAAGAAGGUGACAUCCUCAGCUUAUUAGACCCUAAAUUGGAGAGGGUGGCUGAUGCAGAAGAGGUGUCAAGACUGUGUAAAGUGGCAUGUUGGUGUGUUCAAGAUGAAGAAAAUCACAGGCCAUCUAUGGGUCAGGUAGUUCAGAUCCUUGAAGGACUCUUGGAGGUAAAUCUACCUCCAAUACCACGAUCUCUCCAAGCGUUUGUGGACAACCAAGAGCAUAUAGUUUUCUUCACUGAAUCAUCAUCGAACCAGAGUUCAGAAGCGCAAAGCAAGACUUCCAGUACUUCUGCAAAUUCCAAGAGCACCAUAUCAUCCAAAGAUUCCCCAGUCUAAAUAGGAAAGCAAUUUAAUAUUACCAGUCGGAUGCUGUAUAGUCUGCAAUAUCAGUUAGUAGGUAGAAACUUUUCAAAUUUUUGCAAACCAUUUUUGCAGCUAAGCUAAACUUCCUGGUUGUCAAGCACACGAAUGAUGCAGUUGGCUUGUAAUUGCUCAGAUGAGAUAAUAUGUAAUAAUACCCUCCUAAGCAUUGUGUCGAUCUAUAUUCUCUAUUUGAAUUGAAAUGUUGUAGCCAUUUGAAGGCUAAUUCUUUGCUAA